AUGUGUGACGAAGAAGUAGCAGCACUGGUAGUGGACAAUGGUUCCGGAAUGUGCAAGGCCGGAUUCGCCGGUGAUGACGCACCGCGAGCCGUAUUUCCAUCAAUCGUCGGACGACCGAGGCAUCAAGUACGCUUUUCUGAACGUCAUACGUUGUUCAAAAUCAAACUUACUAUAAGCUCAUUAUUUUCUGAAAUACUAAAUACUUAA